UGAUAAAAUCAGGAUUAUGACCUUGUAGUUCACAAUCAUACACAUUCAAGUUUUGAAAUCGACAAUUGUCAUCGUCAUUCUGAAGCACAGGUUCAAACAAAAAUCAGUCCGGCAGUGGGCGGAGCUUUAAAGCGAUAGCGAUAUCUGUAGGGCUGUAUCUGUAUAGUAGGAUACCUAAUUGCAGGAUAAAAGCAAAAAAAAAAACCAAAUAUUUACCGACACAAAAGACUGGGAGAAUUCAAGCGAAUACAUGACAAUGAGUGUAUCAGGACCUGACGUUGGUUUCACAGACUUUACAGGUCUCGGGAAAGGGCAUAGAGGAUACGCCCAUACUCUUACAUCCUUAUUUAAUCAAUGUGACUUUGGUACAGGGGAAACCCAUCGUCACACUAUUAGCUUCAAAGAAGCAUCGAAGAGACUCAGGAAGCAAAUGACGGAAUCUUUUGAAUAUAUAGAAAUACAAACAAGUAGGAUGGUUAAAGAAUUUAAAAUUGGUAAAACACAUGUUUGCUCGCAGAAUGCAAUUAAUUUCAAUCCAACACAGCCGUCCACUUGGGCCACCUAUGGAGGAUUACCUCUGAGUUGGGAAAAUUAUAAAAAGAAAGGAUUUGACGGAAUGAUCGCGUUGGGUUGUGUUAUAAAGGAUAUUAUUCCCAAAGUUAUUCGCGAAACCAAUAAAGCCUUGGAAAUGAAUUCUCAUAGUUAUGCAGCUGGAUUAGCACAGUCCUUGGUACAGUAUUACCUUCUACAAAAUCCUGAUGACAGGUUACGAAGUGUGACGGUUGAGGAUCUGGGAAACAAGAGUGGAAAAGACAAACUUGGUUCCCCAGCUAGUGUAAUAUAUGUAGCAUAUAAACUAGAACCUAAGACCAUCAAUGCGUUGCAGGAGUUUGAAAUAAAGAUCGAACCUGAUGAUUUCAUAGUUAAUCAGUCAGCCAUAGAUCUAUUAGAAAAGAAACUGUCAGAUGAAGGUUUAUACUUCCGUGGUGACAUAUCGAUUGAUGGUAACUCGUUUUUCCGAUCAUGCAGUGACCAACUUGAAAGAUUAGAAAUGCCGUCCAUGGACCAUACUGAACUAAGACAGAAGAUUGCUCAGCAAUUGAGAGGGAUGCCGACAGGACAAAUUUAUGAUGCACAUUUUACAAAUGAAGAAUGGAACAUAUUUAUUAAGAAGAUCGCCGAAGAUGGGGAACACAUUGAAGAUGUUGUUGUGGAAAAAAUGGCAAAGCUAUUAAAAAAGAAAAUAGUCAUAUAUUCACUAUCCUAUGCCAAUGAAAUUAGUAAAAAGUCAAUUAAUGACGAGGCAUCCGGGACUCCUUUGUUACUUGGAAAGGAGAAAGGUUAUUACACAAGUCUUGAAAGUAAGGACAAACAGAAAGCAUGUCAAAAGAGACCAGCGAAGAAUGUUCAAUUUGCUGACGAUGUGUCACUUGCUAAACAGCCAAAACAAGAACAGGAAGUAGACAGGAACGCAGAAGUGGCAUCUAGUGGAAAAGUUAAACUAGACAAGGAUUCUCACAAGUCUACACCAGUGAAGAUACUACAAGCGGGACCAUCAACUGAAGGAGCGUCAACUAAAACAAACACAAAUCAAGUCAAUACACCAACGAAGAAAAUAACCAAAGAUGAAAAGUUAUUGAUACUACGCUGUUACCAUGCAUUAGAGGUGAAAGACUGGGAUACAUUGGCUGAAAUGGUGUACACUAAAAGACACGAAAAAUUAUCACGUGAAAUAGUUCAUCAUUAUGAACAAAAUUUAGAUCUGAAGACAACGCUAAAGAGCAGAAUAAAAGAUUACGUAACGAGAGUUAAAAAAGACAAAGGAAAAAACGUGAAGGACCCAGAUGUAAAGGCUUUAAUACAACUGAUUUGAUUGCUCACUUAUGAAUUUCGUAUACAGAAAAAAUGCAUUCAAUACGCCAUAUAUUUGUAUAUGCACAGACAAUCUUCCGAAACAUUAUAUCCUGAUGAAUUUUCGGAAUGAUAUUUAAUUCAAAAAUGUGUCCAAUUCCUUGAGGUGUUUCAUUUUUAUAGAACUCAUGAUUGUUUCGCUUUACUUAAGUUCAGUGUAUUUUAUUGCAUAGUGUUGUUAUAUUGCAUAGUUUCAUUUAGUCAUGCAAGUUCAAAUUGCUUGCAUUGUUUUGUAAUUUAAUAUGAUUCAUGUUUCUUAAAUCAUCAUUUUAGUUAAGGUCAUUGUUUCGCAUUUUUAAUACUUUAUAUAAUAUAUAUUUUAGUUUAUUUGAUUACGUCGCUUUGCUUAUAUUUUAAUAUCAUUCAGGUUGCAGUCUUGUAAUUGACUGCUCAAUAGGCUUGCAUGCAAAACAGCUGAUCUUUGAAAAGAAGAAAAACAAAUGCUAAAUAGAAAAAAAUAGUCCAUGUACAUAUCAUGUAUGUACUAAUGUAAUAUUGUGAUGUAAUCGAAAAAAAGUGGGUCAUGCCACGAAGAAUAAAAAGUUACGUAACCCCGAA